AUGGCUGCCCUUCCUCAGUACGACUACCUUUUUGCCUUUGGCACCAUUUUUGCUUUCCUCGAUGCGUGGAACAUUGGUGCCAACGAUGUUGCCAACUCAUGGGCGACGUCCGUCGCCUCCCGGUCCAUCUCCUACCUCUACGCCAUGUGCGCCGCUUCCGUCAUGGAGUUUGCCGGCGCCAUGGGUGUCGGUGCUCGCGUGGCCGACACGAUCCGCACCAAGAUUGUCGACACGGAGCAGUACAACGAUGACCCCGCCGUCCUCAUGCUGGGCAUGGUCUGCGCCGUCGUCGCCUCUUCCCUCUACCUGACCUUCGCCACCAAGGUCGGCUUCCCCGUCUCCACCACCCACUCCAUCCUCGGCGGUGUCAUCGGCAUGGGCGUCGCCAGCGUCGGUGCGAAGAACAUCCUCUGGGUCGGCUCCGGCGGCGGCACGAACGUCAUCAGCACUGGUGUCGUCCAGGUCUUCAUGGCUUGGAUCAUCGCCCCCUGCCUGUCCGCCAUCUUCGGUGCCAUCAUCUUCUCCAUCACCAAGUACGCUGUGCUGCUGAGGACGAACCCGGCCAUGAAGGGCCUCUUUGUCGUGCCCAUCUACUUUGCCAUCACCGGCAUGCUCAUUGCCAUGCUGCUCAUCUGGAAGGGUGGCUCGUACGAGGUCAACCUCACCGAGCAGGAGAUUCCCGGUGUCAUUGUCGCCGCCGGCAGCGCCUGGGGUCUCCUGAUCGCCACCUUCCUGUGCCCCUGGCUGUACCGUGUCGUCAUCCGCGAGGAUUGGGAGAUGAAGUGGUAUCACGUGUUCAAGGGACCCUUCCUUCUCCGCCGCGGCGAGGUGCCUCCCGCGCCCGCCAACUUCCAGGGUCCCAUCCGCAACUUCUACGCCGGCCGCCUGACGCCCGAGCAGCUCGCCGCGCGCCGCGCCGAGGGUGUCGCCGGUGGCGACGUCGACGUCGAGGCCGCCCAGCCCGCCCAGGCUCAUCUCGGGCUCGCUGCUGGCCAUCAUCAUCAACGCCCACGCUGGUCGUGA